AUGGUGUGUAGCGGGGAAUGCUUGGGGUGGCAGUCCGCACUUGAAGGCGAGACGGGGGCCUAUCGGUGUGAGGAGGGAAGGAGUGAAGGGUUGGGUGACAAAUCCGCUCGCUCCUGCCCUGCCUCCACCCCCUACAGCGCGCCGCUCUGCACCCACCGCGCCAGCCAGCCCGCCCGCCUGCUUCUCUCCGCCGGGAGCCAGAGCCGCUGCCCACCGUGCGGCCGCCCGCAGAAGCCAAGGGAGGAGAAGGAGAAGGGGACAAUGGAGGUUCCGCGCCUGGAUCGCAGCAGCAUGAGCAGCCCCACCAGCCCCUGCGAGGAUGUGAUCAAGAAUCUCAGCCUGGAGGCGAUUCAGCUCUGCGAUAGGGACGGGAAUAAAUCACAAGAUAGUGGGAUUGCAGAGAUGGAGGAACUUCCAGUCCCACACAACAUCAAAAUAAGUAACAUCACAUGUGAUUCUUUCAAGAUUUCAUGGGACAUGGAUUCUAAAUCCAAGGACCGUAUUACUCACUAUUUUAUUGAUCUAAACAAGAAAGAGAACAAGAAUUCCAACAAAUUUAAACACAAGGAUGUACCCACUAAACUGGUUGCAAAAGCUGUUCCUCUCCCUAUGACGGUUCGUGGACACUGGUUCUUGAGCCCAAGAACGGAAUAUACAGUAGCAGUGCAGACGGCAUCAAAGCAGGUUGAUGGGGAUUACGUUGUUUCUGAGUGGAGUGAAAUCAUAGAGUUUUGUACAGGAGAUUAUUCAAAAGUUCAUCUAACACAGCUUUUGGAAAAAGGUGAAGUGAUUGCAGGACGUAUGCUUAAGCUUUCUGUAUUUUAUCGGAAUCAGCACAAAGAAUACUUUGAUUAUAUCAGAGACCAACAUGGAAAUGCAAUGCAGCCUUCUGUCAAGGAUAACAGUGGUAGCCAUGGCUCUCCAAUCAGUGGGAAGUUGGAAGGCAUCUUCUUUAGCUGCAAUACUGAGUUUAACACGGGGAAGCCACCACAAGAUUCACCUUAUGGAAGAUACAGGUUUGAGAUUGCAGCCGAAAAACUUUUCAAUCCAAAUACUAACUUGUACUUUGGGGACUUCUACUGCAUGUACACAGCUUAUCACUAUGUCAUUCUUGUUAUUGCCCCUGUUGGCUCACCAGGAGAUGAAUUCUGUAAGCAGCGCCUUCCUCAGCUAAAUUCAAAGGAUAAUAAAUUUCUGACCUGCACCGAAGAAGAUGGCAUCAUGGUUUAUCACCAUGCCCAGGAUGUUAUUUUAGAAGUAAUUUACACUGAUCCUGUGAAUCUUUCCCUUGGCACAGUUGCAGAAAUUACUGGUCAUCAGGUAAUGAGCUCGUCUACUGCAAAUGCAAAAAAAGAUCCCAGUUGCAAGACCUGCAACAUCAGUGUUGGACGUUAA